AGACUAAAUCCAGACACGGUGAUCAACGACAUCAUGAUCAACGCUCGUCUCCUGAUUCUCACACUCACCUGCUAUGUCUUUGUCUGGAUCGGAAACUGUGAUGAUUUAGUUGAGAUCCGUUCGAUUGAAGAUGACAUUAAGGCACAGGAGGAAAGAGAGCUAAUUGAAGCUCUUCAGGAGGUCCUUGAAAAACUGAGGAAUAAACAAAGUCCAUCCGCUGAGAAGAGGUUAGGCUGGGUUCCUGCGUGUGAUGCAGGUGAGCAGUGUGCCAUUCGUAAAGGUGCUCGUUUUGGGAAGGUGUGUACCUGUCCUGGUGGAACCAUGUGCAGCUUCUCCAUCCUUAAAUGUUUGUGA